GCGUCGCCCGCCAUGUCGCUGCUGGAGGUGUGCUGCCAAGGCGCGCACCUCGACAGGCUGGUCGCCUGCCCGGCGCCCGGCUCCCUCCUCGCGGAGGUGGUGUUGGACGGCGCGGUGCUGGGCCGCACGGGCCGCUGUCCGCGCGGCGACCGGCGGCCGCGCUGGGAGGAUCGCUUCCUCGUGCCCGGCGCUGGGCGCGUGCUCGCGUUCCGCGUCGUGGUCGUCAGCGCGGUGCAGGAGAUCUUCCUGGAGAUCUGCCUGGGCAUCGGUCGCGUGGACCUGCAGGCGCUGCUGCUCCUCUACUCCUCGAUGGAAGGUGAGGGACUGGAGGGAGCCCCGCCAUCGAAGGGCAGCAAACGUAAAAAGCCCUGA